GUGCCGGGCGGGACGUAUCACAGAGAGACCACUUUAUUUGUUUAUCUUUUUGAUAAGACUGCAUUCUGUUUUCCAUUGAUACCACAGUAUUGUUUCGGGCAUAGUUCAGUACUACUUGACUUGAUCAAGGAAACGCAUCAUGGUUCGCGAAGGAGUACUACAGCCAGCGGCUGCCGGCGAAUUUAUUGCUCGAAACGCGCACCACGUAAAGAUUCACGAAACAGGUCUUGAUAAAUUAUGCGAAGAGAUGCUUAAGUCUAUUACCGACAAGCUUGAGAUCCCAGAUACUGGUGCGGACAUCAUACACCCUAACAAAGACCAUGAGAAGGCUGCGGACUGGGUGUUUGUGGCUGAUGCUCUUAAUUUCUGCUUCUGGUCAUAUUCCGGGGCUCAGAAGUGGACUGUGGAUGGUCAUUCUGGGUACUAUGCUUUAGAAGCGGCACUGGCUAGAGCUAUCAAGAAUGGAGUUGAUAUUACAAAUCCAGAAUUCUACUCAAAAAUAACAGAAGACCAGCUUCGUAACAUAAUGAAGGGCGACAAUGAAGCAACAAUACCACUAUUCGAUGAACGAAUUUCAGUACUGCAUGAAGUAGGUGCAAUCUUACUGGAAAAGUACAAUGGAACCUUCGUAACAUGUUUGAAAGAGGCGAAUAAGUCUGCCGUCAAGUUGUUGGAGAUAAUUGUAGACAACUUUCCAUGUUUCCGAGAUGAAGCAGUAUUUGAAGGUCAGAAGGUAGCGUUGUAUAAGAGAGCGCAGAUCCUGGUAGCGGACUUGUGGAACUUCUUCGGUGGCACUGGGUGGGGGGAGUUUACCGACAUUGAUAAGAUCACCAUGUUUGCUGAUUAUAGAGUACCGCAAGUGCUCGUUUAUUUUGGUGCUUUGAGCUACAGUGAUGAACUCAUGGAUAAAUUGAGGAAAGAUGUACUCCUCCCAAGUGGAUCACCUGAAGAAGUAGAGAUCCGAGGCUGCUCCAUCCACGCCGUUGAACUCCUCAAGAAGAAGCUAGAGGAUAAACUGAAAGGUCAGGAUGCUGAGGUACCAAACUCCAGUCUAAUAGAUUAUUAUCUGUGGUGCUAUAGGAGGAAGUAUGCAGAUGAUAUGGAGAGUAUACCAUUCCAUAAGACUUUGGGUAUCUAUUACUGAUAGUCUUUUUAGGGUUCCGUAGCCAAAAUGGCAAAAACGGAACCCUUAUAGUUUCGUCAUGUCCGUCUGUCCGUCUGUCCGUCUGUCCGUCUGUCCGUCUGUCACAGCCGAUUUACUCGGAAACUAUAAGUACUACAGUGAUGAAAUUUGAUGGGAAUAUGUGUUGUAUGAACCGCUACAAAAAUAUGACACUAAAUAGUAAAAAAAAGAAUUGGGGGUGGGGCCCCCCAUACAUGUAACUGAGGGAUGAAAUUUUUUUUUUCGAUGUACAUACCCGUGUGGGGUAUCAAUGGAAAGGUCUUUUAAAAUGAUAUAAAGUUUUCUAAAAAACAUUUUUCUUAAAGUGAACGGUUUUUGAGAUAUCAGCUCUCAAAGUCGUAAAAAGUAUGCCCCCCCCCCUCUAUUUUUAUAACUACGGGGUAUAAAAUUCUAAAAAAAAUAGAGGUGAUGCAUGCUAAUUAACUCUUUCAACGAUUUUUGGUUUGAUCAAAGUAUCUCUUAUAGUUUUUGAGAUAGGUUGAUUUAACUGUAAUUUACGGAACCCUUCGUGCACGAGUCCGACUCGCACUUGGCCGGUUUUUUGGAUUAGAGUAAGGAUAAUAAUGUGCCUUGGAUGUGUGUAAUAAGUUAAUUUUUUGUCAGUUUUAUUUUUUUCCAAAAAUAGUGUAAUUUGUUUGGCUGGUCAUUUAAUCAUGCCCCAUUUGUACAUAAUACAUUAUAUUUUUUAUAAUGAUGGCAAGCCUUUUUGACCCUAUUUUCAAGUUGGUAAUCAGGCAAGAAAAUUGUGCUUAAAUAGAAUUAAACGUUGUACUUUAUGUUUAGUUUUUAAAUACCCGCCCAUUGGGCCUGAUACACACAAUAAUUUUGUAAUAAGUAUUAAAUAUUUACGAAUUACAUGUAAUGUAAU